AUGAAUGGUUCUGUUGCGUUCGAAGACAUCGAGUUUCUAAGCGAAGAUGAGCUUCUCAAGAUUACUCCUAAGUUUCGAGAAGCGCGACUACAAAUGAUCAGCGGCGAGUUCGGCCCGUUUACUCCCGGCGUCCCGCUCAAGGUCCCAGCCUGGAUGGCGAUCAAUCUAGUUCAGCGAAACUUGUGCAUUGUUCAUCAACCAGCGUGGCUUAGCGUAGCCGAGCUCCAAAAGUGGUACGAGGCGGAGAAGAACGAAGAGCAGAACGCGGUGAACCCUGUUCACUACAAUUACAGAGAACUGUCUCGUCUCCUGCUUCGUCAUUGCCGCGACGGUUUCAAAGACGUUGACCAGCUGGAUCAGCUGAUUGAAGACCUUUGGAACAUUCGCGUCGCCAAGUUGCGAGUUUCCUGCCAAAACGUUCUCAAGACCCGCUGGCAGAUGGAAAUCGCUGACCACGGAGGAGUUUACAAGAUCUCCAACUUCACCCAGUUGGAAGUCAACUUCAUUCGACAGGCAUUCCUUCACUCCCUCAAAGUCAGUUUCACGAUCUCGAACAAGAUCACCGACUUGGAGCAGAAAUCGGCCCAGCACUUCGACGCGACAACUAUCACGAGCACUACUCUUUCUCAGAAAACUAUCUAG